ACAGAGGGAUUUCCCUCCUCCACACAGCUGCCUUCAGGCCAUGCCUUCUUUGCCGGAGAAACCGGUUUCCUCUAUCUGAACAGACAUGCAAAACACACAGACACACACACACCUACGCAGAAGGGCUCUUCCUCACACAUGCACACACACAAUCAAAAAAGAAAUACACAACCCCACCCCUGCUGCCAGCUGUUUCUGGUUAGGCUGUUGGGCGAGCAGUGAACAGGAGGAGCAGGCAGGCCAGAGUUAUGGAGCGGCAGCUGGAGAUCACUGCCCUCGGUCUGGCUCUCACAGGGUGGCUCUGUGCCAUUCUGACACGCUGCCUGGCCCUGUGGAAGGUCAGCGGCACCCUGGACAACAUCACGGCUACUCUGCCUGCCUACUGGGAUGGGGUGUGGCUGGAAUGGGAUCACUGGGAUUUGGCCCACGAUGGCAGCUUGCACUGCUCCUUCUACCAGUCUCUCAUGUCUCUCUCUGGAAGUUUCCGGACGUGGAGAGCCCUCAUCAUGGCUGCCAUCGGAGCCGGGGCUUUUGCUGCGGUGACAGGAGCAGCGGGGGCGGUGUGGUUCCCUAUGCGUGGCCAGGUCAAAGUGUUUUCUGGAACUCUCUUUGUUUUGUCUGGGAUCCUGCUGUUGAUUCCCACAGCCUGGACGUGCCACCACACCAGUCAGCCACUGGAGGGUGCUGUGCAGCUGAGAAGAGACUGGGGACCUGCGCUGUACCUGGGAUGGAUCUCCUUUGUUUUGAUGGUGGCUGGAGGGGGGUUUCUCACCACCAGAUGCCCCACUAGUGAAAGGCAGGUGCAGCCGCCUGAGGAGAGCAGGCACCCGAAUCUUGAGGAGGCUACUCACCCACUGAGCCAAAUCAACAGAACUACGUUCACACACAGCCAGUACGAACGCAGAUCGGAGCCUAUCUGAGGGGACUGGGAAGUAAUAUUUAAAGCGUGAAUGAGUAGAAUUCUGGCUGCACCUGCUGAGUAAUGAUGCACAGACUUAACUAAUCAUUAACAUACUGUGUGCGGAAGCACAGAGACGUGUCUUGCCACUAGUUUUAUUGGUAGAGAUAUUGAUGGUAGGAUUUCAAAUUUGCAUCUUGUUUUGCAUUUGUGUUUCUUCCAUUUCCACUUAACCUUACACACUGUAUAGCAUUGUUUUACAUUCAAUCUUCAUUUCCGGCCUCCAUUAUCACUGUAAAAUUACACGUUUGCUUUUACUUGAUGCAAUUAUUGAUACUAAACUGACAUCAAGACAUCACAGCCCUCUGAUCCUCUUAAUUCAUUGUAAUUGUAAAUGUCAUUGUAAUACCUUAAACUAAACCGAUACAUUGCCCUGCAUUAGAGUAAUACCAUUUAAGAUUUGUUGUUGACAGUGGCAAAAAUGUUGUUUACAACCGAGAUGAAUUCUGUGCAAAAGGACACAAAA